AUGGGUGGUGAUUCUAUUCGUGCGAAUUUUAUAAUGUGGUUUUUCAGGAGAUUUGGGAGGUUUAUUCUAUUGAGUUUGUGGCCUGCUGGUGUUUGCGCUAAGCAAUACCUUGAAUUUUACGCCUUGAGAAGUGAUAGUAACGAUAAUCAAAUGGAGGAAGGCUGGGGUAAGCCUCCAGAAUCUAAUUCAUCUGAUUGGGGUCCAGAACCCACGAAUUGGAAUACAGCUUCCGUGACAAUGAAUGUUACAUCUAACAACAACGAAAGUACAAAUAACGAUGGUCCCUCUCAACAGCUGAUUGAGUCCAAUGACAAUGUUGGGUUCGAAGCUGAUAAUUGGGACCCAAGCUAUGAUAAUGUAAAAUCCAAAAAACAAAUAGUGCGUGCGAAUACUGAUGAAGAGUUAUUCGCAAAUAAACAAAGACAUGACAAUUCACUUGUUGAGCUGGAAUGUGAUAAAAGAAACGAUGCUAAUAAACGAAUAAUUGAAGCAUCAUCUACUUCAAUUUCUCACAAUACUCGAAAAGAUGCUUCUACCCAAACUGAACCCGGAAAAUGGAUACCUGCAUCGAGUAUUAUCGAUGUCGAUCAACCACACGAGAACACACUGAACACGAAUCCUGAUCUAACGCAGAAGCCAACUGCAGAAAAAAUCAAAACCAAACCUCAGUUUUCGAUCGACAUACCACAGAGCUCAUCCUAUCAAACAUCGUAUCCUCCGGUAGCUUGGGGUAUGGCUCGUGACAAGAGUGUCUAUUCUCCAUCACGGAGUCCGACAUUUGCUUUUAAAUAUUUAGCUACGGACUUCGAUACUAACGUUGAACAUAAUAUUAUCCCUGAAAAUUCGUCAUCAGGGAUCGAUUCGUCUGAUACGGCUGUAAAACCAAAAACCGACUCUACAUCGAAUCAAGAAGAGAAAAUUUUUGAUACCGAUGCAGCUACUAAUUUUACUACUAAACAAACUAGUGACGGGGGAAAAUCAGAAGAUGACCAAUGGAUUCGAUCGGCGGUCGACGAGACAGUUACUCCUGCACAUACUCAAAAAACUGAAGAAUUAGAACCCAAUGCUCCAAUUCCGGACGUCCAAUGGCAUCAAGAUAACUCUUCAAAAGCAAAAACCGAAGCUGAAAAACCAAAUACCACGAAUACUAUUGAAAAAAAUAAUGAGUUGGAAAAUUCACCAAAUUCCAAUUCUUCCACUGUAAAAGCGAUGGCUUCAGAGAAGGGUAACGAGAAUAAAGUCAUAAUUGAAAAAGAUGCUUCUAAAGACGUUUUUGGUAAACAAAUAAUGGAAUGGGAAAAAUCAAGAUUCAAUAUGACGACAAAUACUUCUAUUGAUUCGUGGAUUCGAUGGAGCUCGAUAAAUAAUAAAGAGCCACCCGAAAAUUCGAAACUAGUCACAGAAGAAAAGAAACCUGACGAUUCAUGGGCUCACUCUUCUAAAAAUAAUCAGACAUCCGACUUUGGGUGGAGUGCUAAUACAAAAAACUCAGCACCAGUUAAUAACGAUGGUGAUUGGGCGCAAAAGGCGGCAAAUUUCGAAGCUGAAUUAAAUCAGAAAAAACCAUUUGUUAAGACAAAUGCUAAUGAACAAACGUCCACCUCGAGUUGGGGAGCUAAACCAGAUGUGUUGUCAGCACCGGUUAAUAAAGAUAAUGGAUUUGGUUGGGAAUCUAAACCAGAUGUAUCGUCAGCAUCGAUUAAUAAGGAUGACGGUUUUGGUUGGGGAUCUAAACCAGAUGUAUCGUCAGCAAAUGGAUUUGGUUGGGGAUCUAAACCAGAUGUGUCGUCAGCACCGGUUAAUAAAGAUAAUGGAUUUGGUCGGGGAUCUAAACCAGAUGUGUCGUCAGCACCGGUUAAUAAAGAUGACGGAUUUG